CUGUUGGGCCUGUGCUCUGCGAGAUGGACACCGAUAAUUCGAUCCCUUUGUGUCCAGUGACCAAGAGACCAAAUGAAGAAGAAUCGAGUGAUGCAACAGAGUCUAAGCGAAUGUGUCUUAUUAAUACGGAUCUCAUUAAAAAGGAAAUAAAAGAUGAUGAUGAUGAGCAAAGCAGUUGUGAGGAAGCAUGGUUGAAAGGGUUUGGUUUAUAUAGUGAUGAAGUCGCUCAUGAAAGCAGUCCAUCAAACUCUGCAGAUAUCGGGCUGAACACCUUUAUAGACCCAGCAUUGGAUUCUAGUACAGUUUUUCAGAGCCAUGUGGAUGAAAACGGACCUAAUGUUUUUGAUGUGGACAAGCCAUUUCAGCCCUCAGCAGAUCAUGUUCCUCCACAGUGCUUUGGGACCAGAAAGCUACGGUUUCAGAGUGCUUGGUACACUGAUUUCCCAUGGCUUCACUACAGUCCUGAGCUAAAAGCAGUGUUUUGUUUUACCUGUGGGAAAGCUGAAAGCAUGGGCCUUUUGGGAUCCUCCCGGAGGAGAGAUUCAGUUUUUACAGUUGUAGGGUUCUCUAACUGGAAAAAAGCUAGGGAGAAAUUUGGAUCUCACCAAAAAUCUAAGAGCCAUGAAUUUGCUACCUGGAAGCUAAUUCAUACCUUACAAAACAAAAAGAGAGAGGCUGCCCUUGAACAACAGAGGAAAGUUAGACAAGCCAUUCCUAGUGAGUUUUUGAACAAACUGAUCUGUGCUGUGAGGUUUUUAGUCCACCGGGGGCACACAUUUCAAGGUCAUGAGUCAAUUGAGGAAAGUUUGUUUGAGCUUUUGAAACUUGUAGGCCAAGAUAACGAAAACUUUAGAUAUUGGGUAAUGGCUAAUCAGAAUUUUACUAAUCCAGAAAUUCAGUAUGAAAUUAUCAGUUUAAUGAGCCACGAGAUUAUAAAUUUAAUUACAAAGGAUGUGAACCAAGACUCAAUGUAUUACUCUCUUAUUGUAGAUUGCAUUAAAAACUCAGACACCCAUCAAUUGAGCCUAUGUUUGCGGUAUCUAGAUUUAGAUAUGCAACCUCAAGAAGAGUUCAUUGGUUUUCUUGACCCUAUGGACGAAACAGGCAUUUCUGCAGCAAAUCUUAUUUUAGAACUUCUUGAUCGACACUCUUUACCGAUUGAUUUACUAAGGGGAAUUGCAUUUCAAGGGAACUACUCGCUUUGCUACGUGGAAUCCUGCACUUUGCUUAAGCAGAAGCAACCACUAUCAAUGUUUGUACAUUGUGGGGCACCUUGUGGCAGUUUCUUAACUAGGGAUGCAAGUCAUGCUAGUCCAAUUUUGCAACAAACCUUAUAUUCCAUUAAUGACUUGUGCAAGUUAUUUAGUAAAACAACCAAGUACCAAUUUUUAAUCUCCGAGAUUACUCCCAGUCUUCUUUCUCAAACACGGUCCCUUGGCUCUUCUAGAUGGUAUGUUACUUUACCUGUGAUUAAUGCAGUCAUUCAGCAUUAUGGUCUUAUUAUAGAGGGCCUGAAAGAGAUGGGAACAGAUAUUGGAGAUGUUGGAGUAAGAGCACAUUUUCUAUUACAAGAGUUUAUUGAAGGAAAUACAUUCAUAAGUUUACUUAUUAUAAGAUGCAUAAUGGAAUCACUGAAUGCCUUAAAUGUAGAGGACCAGACCAGGCUCAUGAUGGUUACUCUUAAGAAAGUGAGGCUAGUAAAAGAAAUAUUAGUAAGACAACGAGAAGAAGCUACAAUGGUGGAUUUCUUAAGACAAGCAGAUGAGUUUGUUGUUAAAUUUAAUUUAGUACCAACAGAUAUACCACCACCAAUAAAGUGGAGCCGUCGAGUCACUGAUGGUACAGAUGAACAGUUUACUGGAACGAAGGAAGUUUUUUUUAGAAAUGAAUAUCGCAAAAUGCUUGAUGCCGCCAUAUCUCAGCUGGAGAACAACUUUCUUCAACAAGGAUUUAUUGAUUACUGCCACCUGGAAGAUGUGCUCCUUUGUGCUGGAAAAGGAGUGGAAUCUGACGGCAUUAUUGAGGAGAAACUAGCCAUUCUUUCCAAAUAUCCAGAAUUUAAUGUGCGAAUGCUCAAAGUACAGCUUGAAAUGUUUGGCCACAAGAAAACAUAUAGCUCUUUGACUGAAGCUGUGAGUCUUUACAAGUCAGUGAGUCCAGAAGUCAAGGAGUUUUUUAGUGAACUGGGUAAAUUCCUAAAGCUUCUCCUCAUUAUUCCAGUGGAUAACAGUGAAAGUGAGCAGAUUUGUUGUCCAUUCCAAAGACUGAGAACUUUAUUAAAAUUUACAAACACAGAGACUCGCUCAAGUGACGUCGCUGUCUGCUACGUGAAUGAGGGACGUCUGGAUAACCUUUGCUUAGAUACUAUUGCGCAUAAUUUUGUUUAUGGACAUUGAUACUUGAAAUUUGUUUUUAGGUAAAGAGACACACAAGUCCAUUCCUUGUCAUUAAUGUAAAAUGCAUAUUCAGAUCUUGGAAUAAAAUAUGUUUACAUAAAAUAUUAGUGAUCUAAAGGUCAGAAUUCAUACAUUAAAUGUAAAAAAUAUAUAUGGUGUAAGCAGUGCUCUAUUCUUUUGCCAAGCUGUAUAAUUAAGGGAGAUUUUGGGAUGUCUUGUUUGUGUUUUCAUCUUUCUCUUUUGUGCGCACUGAGCUUCCACGUUUUUUUUUUAAUUCUUAGCUGUACACACUAAUGGUUGUAAUAAGUCAGUCUGACACAAUUCAUGCUUUAUCAAGUGUGUGAGGUGACAAAAGAGAUGUAAAUAAUAUCUACAAACAUUAGAUCUGGUAAUAUUUCUGGUGCCAUGGCUCUCUAGGAUUUGAGAUUUGUCAGACUAUGCUGUUUGGUAAAAGACAAUUGGGUUCUCUUUACUUUUGAUGUUUUCUAAAUUUGAAUUUGCUGGGUUUUUUUAAAUUCUUGAAAGAUGCUGCAGUUUAUUCCUCAUUAAAUUAAUAGUUUACACAAAGUUAUUAUGUUGUAACAUAAGUGCUUUUGUACAUUACAUAGAUGAAAUUGCUUCUAAAAAUGCCUAGAUUAAUUUGACACAAUUGAUUAUAGUUCUAAUCUUUGCUAUCCUUAGAUAAAAUGUAUAUAUCCAGCAGCAGAGUAUCAAACGAUACUAAAUUAAAAAGUUAAUUUCCUCUGAGAUGAACUUAACUAAAUAAACCAACUCUUUAUUUUUUAUUUAUUAAA